AUGCCCAAAUCUAAGCAUGACAAGAAAGUUUCCUUAACCAAAACUGCCAAGAAAGGCUUGGAACUGAAACAGAACCUGAGAGAAGAGAUUCAGAAAUGUGUGGACACCUACAAGUACCUUUUUAUCUUCUCUGUGGCCAACAUGAGGAACAGCAAGCUGAAAGACAUCUGGAAUGCCUGGAAGCACAGCUGGAGGUUCUUUGGCAAAAACAAAGUGAUGAUGGUGGCCUUGGGUCAGAGCCCAUCUGAUGAGCACAAAGACAACCUGUAUCAGGCCAGCAAGAAGUUAAAGGGUGAAGCUGGUCUCCUUUUCACCAACCGCUCGAAGGAAGAAGUGAAUGAGUGGUUCACAAAAUACACAGAAAUGGACUGUGCCCGAGCCGGUAACAAAGCCACUUUCACUGUGAGCCUGGAUCCGGGGCCCCUGGAGUGGUUCCCCCACUCCAUGGAACCACAGCUGAGGCAGCUGGGCCUGCCUACUGCCCUCAAGAGAGGUGUGGUGACCCUCCUGUCUGACUGUGAGGUGUGCAAGGAGGGCGAUGUGCUGACCCCAGAGCAGGCCCGUGUCCUGCUUUUUGGGUAUGAGAUGGCUGGAUUCAAGGUGACCAUCAAAUACAUGUGGGAUGCAGAGUCGGGAAGGUUCCAACAGAUGGGAGAUGACUUGCCAGAGAGUGCAUCUGAGUCAGUAGAAGAAUCAGAGUCAGACAACGAGGACUGA